AUGACUCACCGCUGCAAGAGAUCCUCCGGGCUCUGGAAGAUCGUGGUGUGGGAUGAGCCUUUCUUCCAGGGCAAGAGGCACGAGUUCACCACCGACUGCUACAGCACCCCAGAGCACGGUUUCAGCACCGUCCGCUCCUGCAAGAUCGAGAGCGGGGCGUGGGCAGGCUUCGAGCACUGCGGCUUCCAGGGCCCGCAGUUCGGUCUGUGGGUGUGCUCACAGUACCCGGGGUACCGGGGCUUCCAGUACCUCCUGGAGAGCGACAGCCCCGCGGGCGAGUACAAGCACGUGCGGGAGUGGGGCUCCCACGCACAGACGGGACAGGUCCAGUCCAGCCGCAGGGAACAGGCCCCAGCUGCACACCCUGGGCAGUCUGUCCCGCAGGGCAGUGGGGGCAAAGCUCAAUAA